AAUAAAAUAAACUUCUGAAUUUGCUUCGAAUUAUCUAUUGAUCGUUGAAGAGAAAUCGGUGUUCGUCAAAAGCGGCAGUCGUCGUCGGUGGCGAUGGCUCGGGCAGGUGGUCGGAGCAGGAGUGGGAACGAACCGUCGGGGGGAGGGUUUCUUAAGGCGGUUUUCAGAUUAUUGAAGAUGGUGGAGUUUGAGAUCCUUUUCGUUCUCUUCUUCAUCGUGGCUUUUAUCGUUUUUAAAGAUCUCACAUCAAGGCCAGAGUACAAUCAGAUCCUUGUAAAGAAGCCUGAGGGUUUUGAUAUGUGGCCAUUCCAGUAAAUUCUUGACCUUGCAUUCAUGUAAUCUGAAAUAUUCACUCCACUUUCUAACUUUGUGUCUUUUUAUGAUGAUGUAAAAAUGUUCGUCGAUGUAGACGUUACAUCUAUACUGUCGUACGUUCGAAAGAUUGUAAAGUAAAUAUUGGUUUUAGAAAUGAUUUGGAAUUGUCAAAA